AUGGUAGGACGACACGCGCUUCUCUGCCUCCGCACCAAACCAUCGCUCAGAGGCACUCAGAUCAGCUUUCUGCGAAACUUAACGAAUUCUAAUCCAGCGCCUCUGCAGUUUUACUGGAGUGUUUGGGCUGCAAACGGGCAACUCGAUACAUGCUCAAUAACCCACGAUCCGACCAUCGUCCGGCAUUACCUAUCUGGAUGCCACGGACACGGUGGUACGGAUAACCAAAAAAAUUCAGAUCUCCGCCACAACAUCAGCCUGCUCUUCACCAAAGACAGCCCGUGUCAGCUCAGACCUGUUGGUCUUAAUCACAUUACGAAGAGGGCACUGGACCGAAGCCCCAGUAAUAAAUCUGGAGCCAGAGUCCGCCAGAAGCGCGCGUGGGUAUUCCCUGGGACACUUUGGUGUGGCAGGGGAAGCAGUGCGAAAAAUUAUGAGCAGUUAGGCAUGUUUGAGCGUGCAGAUCAGUGCUGUCGAGAGCACGAUUACUGCAGCAGCACCAUUCGCUCCUUCUCCAUGAACUUUGGCGUGUUUAACCCUAGGCCCUUCACCGUUUCCCACUGCGACUGCGACCACCGAUUUCAGCAGUGCCUACUGGAUGCUAAUGACACUGUCUCAAACAUGGUGGGCUACAGUUUCUUCAACCUGCUGAAGAUCCCGUGUUUUGACCUCGUCCAGGAGAAGCGCUGCACCCAGCUGAGCUGGUGGGGCAGGUGCACGUCGGCUCAGGUGGCUCCUCUGGCUGUUUUGCGAAAUCCUAAACCGUACACUCCAGCUCUCACGUCUACACCGCCAGACGAUCAGAUUACAGUCAGACCUUCGACCAAGAGGCGCUGUUCUCACACAGAACCUCCAAGAGGUGAUAACUUCCUUCCCCAUAAGAAAGGCAGAUCUUGUAAGAAAAAAGGCAGUUUCAAAAAAGAGGAUCAUCUGUUUACAUCCACAGCCCCACUGCUUCAGCAGACAUCUCCUCUGCAGACGUUACCUCUUCCAACUCAGAGAGAAAUUCCAUCAGCAAAGAGCACGGAAUCAGCAGACAACAAAAACACACCUUCAAGACAUGAGAGCUGCCACAAAGGCAAAGGACCCGCCGUCAUCUUCCACACGCUUGGAAUUCCCGAGAUGUGUGAGGUUGUCAGAACUCUGGAUAACUGCAAGUAUAAGAUUCAACCUCAGGAGAGGAGAUAUGGUUAUCACAAUACAGAAUCAACCACAAUUUACCACUGUGACUGCACACUCAGGUCUGAGCCACUUACUGCCACUAUACUGUAG